UUAAACUUGUACCUCAUCACUUGCCUCUCGUUUCUAUGAAAAUGCAGCCACAGCCACUUCUAUAACUGCCUUUCUCUCAAGUCUCCGCCAAGCAACUCUUUCUUGUUGCACAUUGUCAUAAGAGAUCAGUUGUAGCACUAUCAACUCUUUCUUGAAAUGUGUUCAAGAUGGGCGUGCUUGUUUUCUCCUGGACUAUUGAAGAUUCAGAUGGAAACCAUCGUGUAGACUAGUUUCAAACCGCUCUGAGAUACAGAUUGUAAUUCUCGUCAGGGGAGUGAAGUCUUCAACAUUAGGCAGCAUGAAUCAACAAAAAUUGGACUUCAAUAGAUCUCAACCUUUGAAUUUAACCACACCUCAUGAGGAUGAUCUAGUUCAAUGGAGUCUUGCACUUUCUUUCUUCGCUCGUUUGGUUUCAUAUGUUGCAAUGUUGGCAUUGCUGGUAAUAAUUAUAUUUCUGAUCCUCAAGUACCUUGCGGACUUUGAUAACGAGACGACUGAAGAGGGAGCAAUAGCAAAUGAAACUAACCCAUUAUUGCGGCCUGCAAAGACGAUUCCAUUCACAUAUGGAACAUGUGAAAGAGAUUUAGAGUCAGGAAAUUGCAGUAGCAGUAGCAGUAGCGGUAAUUCAUCAGAAGAACUGUAUGAUGGAAAAAUAUGUGUGAUUUGCUACGAUGAGGAGAGAAAUUGUUUCUUUGUUCCAUGUGGGCACUGUGCCACCUGCUAUGAUUGUGCCCAAAGGAUUUUUAAAGGAGAGAGUAAGACAUGUCCAGUUUGUCGAAGAUUGAUUGGCAAAGUAAGAAAACUAUUUGCCGCGUAGAAUAUCUCUUGAACAAAAGUUUAUUUCUGGUGAGAGGAUUAGAUUAGUAGAAUGUCAUUGUUCGGCUUGAGCUUUUGUGUAAUUUUAUUAUUGCUUUAAGGGCAAAUUCAAGCCCUCCGAUUACAUGAAGUAAAAACAAAUUGAAGUCUUUUUGGGCUGCAGUCACAAAGUUACAACUUACAACCUCCAACUUCAUUGCCUGAAUCCUGUUGGAUAAAUAUUAAUUUUAAUA